GCCAAGAAAGAGCAUUCUCUCCAGAUGAUAAAUUAAUUUCUGUCAUUCUGAGACCUCAUGAAGGAGUGGCCUCUGAUUACCCCAUAUUGCAUCACUCCAAGGCAGACAAUUGUUCCUGCUGGCGCUUACAGUAGCAUACACGUGUCUUUCACUCCUCUCAUGCUCUCUGGGGUCAUCAAGAAGGUAGAAUGUAGUGGAUAUGCCCUGGGAUUUCUGAGCUUGGAUGACAAGUCAGCAAAACUGGUCCCUGGGAGAGUAAAAAGACAGCAUGGAUAUGGGGUAGAGCCAAUCAAAAUGGAGCUUCAGGCAUUUGUGAAGCCGGCAUUGCUCACCGUAGAAGUGGAAGACGAUGAUGAGGAAGGGCUGGUGUUUUAUUCUGUGGCAAGUGACCUCAUCCCAGACAGGAAAAUCUCUCCUAUUUUAACUGACAUUAAAACAACUCGGAGCCUGAAACUGAUCAACUGCACAGAGACUCCUCUAUACUUCCAGCUACUUCUGUCCAAACCAUUCUCUGUUUCUGCCAUUGAUCCAAACAAAAGUGUCCGGACAUCUCAGAGUGACCGCGAAGAGCGGGGAGGGCAGAUGGUUCUCCACCCACAACAAAAUACAUUGGUGAAAGUGGCCUUUUGCACCACACUGGAACUACUGACCUACCAACAUCAUCCAGAGGAUCAGAUGCUGCCAGGAGUGACACUACUACAGUCAGAAAAUGGAGAGAGGAGGCUGCACUUUUCCCAGCAGUUACUGAUUGAGUAUAGUAAUAAGAGCACACAGCAAGUGGCACUGAAUGCAUAUAUCACUGUGCCAGUGCUUCAGCUUUCAAGUGACACGUUGGAUUUCGGUACAUGCUUUGUUGGA